AUUUUAACCGAACUAAAUUAAAGUUUUACUUAUUUUUGUGUGUUCACCAAGUGACAAUAAAACAAAAAAACCAACGCUUGCCGGCAAAUGAGUGCGUUUUCUAAUGAAUUGACAAUAAACUAUCGCUUAACUAAGAAACUAACUUUUUUUUUUAUAACAACGUGCUCGUGAGUGCACAUCUUUGAGAGAAUAUAAUUCUAUGCUUAAUGAAAGCAAUCAUGUCUUUACUGAAAUAUUUGCUUGCUAUCCUGGUUAUGGUUGGCAUAUUGACAACUUUACCGACCGCCACACGAUGCGAAACUUCAUAUUACGAGAAAUAUUAUUCGGCUCGCAGAGUUGUACCAUCGAAGCAUCCAUCUAAGCUGCAACUGAAUUUCUCCGUGAGUUUGCUGGAAGUGGAAAUGAACGAAUUUGAACAAGUAGCUAUUGUGGGCGAUUUAAAGGAAUUAGGUCAGUGGCAAGCGAACGCAGCUAUAUUGCUCAACCGUUCGGCUGAAUAUGGAAUAUGGAAAACUGUACUACAAGUGCCCGUUAACAUUACAAUCAAUUAUCGUUACUUCAUAGCGGCUGUCGAUCAGGAAACAGGCGGCGUGCAAAUUAGACGUUGGGAGUCUCAUCUACAUCCGCGUAUGUUAAGUCUAUCUAUAAACAAUGUCAGUAUUAGCGAUCAAUUUGGUUUAAUUGGCGAUAAUCCGGGGCAACAGAGAGAAAUUCAACGAGGCUGGCUGAACGUCGGACGUAUAGUCCAAUUUAAGCUCUUCCGUAAUCCUUUGCAAGUAAACAAUUCGACCAUCGAAAUAACCGAAGGCCAACAGCUGCGCAUUAAAUUGCAACCAGUUGAUCCUGCUUGGCGUACUCCGAUUAUGCCUUCAUCUAAGGCUUUUAGUGAAUAUGUGCGAUACGAGUAUGGGAAUAGCUUUCUUAAAACGCAGCCGGAGUAUGGCGUUCCUUAUGAUGAAAAUUCGAUAAUUCUAUUCCAUACCGCGGUUAGCGAGCUACCAAAUGUAGCGUUUCUAUUUCAACUUUAUGCGGAAGAUGUUCGUCAUAAUUCGAUUCGCGUUAUUGGUUAUCAGUAUAUAUAUCCGUCUGUAUUGGAAGACACUGCUGGGAGCUUGCAACUCACACUGCUAUCGCCUGUAUGGUUGAAUGCGAUGGGUUCGUUAACUAUUGAAUAUUUGAUCAUUAAGCCGUUGGCGGAAGGACACGUAGAUUUUCAUACGAGCUUUAUGGAGUAUUGGCGUGCGAAUUGGAUAAGUUUAGAGGCUGGCCAUCGCGGUUUGGGAAAAUCUUUGCGAGAGACUAUCAACGCUCCACCCGCUGUGGAAAACACUUUAGCCUCAAUGAAUGCUGCCGCUGAGUUCGGUAUCGAUAUUGGUGAAUUUGAUGUGAUUCUUACCAAAGAUCUAAUACCAAUAAUAUAUCAUGAUUUUAAUAUAUAUGUAUGCGAGCACUCAAAAACCCCUAAGAUUUUAUCAGACCUUACCGAGGUAUCUCUUAAAGAUAUUACUUAUGAGCAAUUGAAAGAUUUAAAAACCUAUCAAGUGAUUGGAACGAAAAUAAUCGAGUUUCCUUCUCAUAAUUCGGUCGAAGAUGAAAAUUUACGUUUGUUCCCAAGCUUUGAAGAUUUUCUAACUAAAGUAAAUAAGUCUUUAGCUUUUAAUAUUGAAAUUAAAUGGCCUCAGCAACUGAAAAAUGGAUCAUGGGAGAGCAGUCAAACUAUUGAUAAAAAUCUCUACGUCGAUCGUGUAUUGGAGGUUAUGUUAAAACAUGGUUGUGGUCGCUUUAGUUUUCUCGCCUGUCUGGAUGCCGAUAUUGGCGCUCUGCUGCGUUACAAGCAGAAUAUGUAUCCUAUUAUGUUCCUGACACCUUCUCUAGAAGUUAAUUAUAUGGAUCCUCGGUCAGAUACUAUUUAUGAAGCGAUUAAUACAGCACAAGUGUUUGAUUUCAUUGGCAUUAUUCAACAUACGGGAUUCAUUAAAAUGAAACCAUCUUGGGUUCAAUUGGUUUUAAAGCAAAAUAAAAAAAUUUUCCUCUGGGGUCCAGAUUUCAAAGAUCGUGAAUCCAUUGAUUGGUUUUUACAACAACAUAUUACCGGGGUCAUAUACGAUCGCGUGGAUUUAUACUGGCCAACUAACAAAACGAGUAUUUUGAUCUCGUCACCAGAUUUGCCAGAAUUCUUUCAAUUACAGUGUCCAUCUUCCAAUCAGAACGCUAUGUCAACUGAUGUCGGUAAUAAGUCAAAUUUUUUGUAGGACCAUAAUGAAAAA